AUAUAGACAAACGGAAGUACUUUAACAACUUCCGGUGUAACUAAUGCAUUAUGGGUGGCGGAAAAUACGCCUUUUGCGUUGGUAGCACGCUGAGCUAAGAAGCAGCUUGUCUGGAGACGUUUGUAAAUUUCCAACAAUUUCCUUUGAAUUCGAGGAGCAAACAUGUCGAUCGGCGUGCCUAUUAAAGUCCUGCACGAAGCAGAGGGACAUAUUGUGACCUGUGAGACCAACACUGGCGAGGUGUACAGAGGGAAACUCAUAGAAGCAGAGGACAAUAUGAAUUGCCAGAUGGCAAACAUCACAGUGACAUACAGAGAUGGCCGUGUGGCCCAGCUAGAGCAGGUCUACAUCCGGGGAAGCAAGAUCCGAUUCCUGAUCCUGCCGGACAUGCUGAAAAAUGCACCCAUGUUAAAGAGCAUGAAGAACAAAAACCAGGGAUCUGGAGCAGGGAGAGGGAAAGCAGCCAUUCUCAAAGCCCAAGUGGCUGCAAGAGGUCGAGGACGUGGUGGUAUGGGACGAGGAAACAUUUUCCAGAAAAGGCGAUAGUUUUGUUUGAACCUUGUUUAAAAAUUGUACAGCUGUUUUGAACCUUUUUCCCCUAGUUUUUAAGACAUACAGCAUUGCUACCUGUUGCAAGUUUUGGAAUACAAAGGUGAAGAAGCAUGGUGUAACAGGUUUAUGAUUGUUUUUGGAGGCACAAUAAAGUUUUUUUUUUUUUU